UGAGUGACAGCGAUGGUGGCCAGUCCGCGCCGUGCGGAGGGGGGAUUAACCCUGCGUUCGCCGGGGGGAGUUCCUGUCUGCCUGUCCCUGCUAGGGAAGGAGCCACUGCGUUUCUUUGUGUCGGGCGCCCCGCGCUCCCAGCCCCUGCGGAAACCGGGGGUUCCCCGGUGUUUCCAAGAGGGGCCCGAAGGAGGAAAGCAGGUUUGAGAAGCGGGGCUUAGACCCUAGCUGGGAAAAGGCCGAACCCCAAAGCAGAGAGCGGCUGCAGAGCAGGCGGCCCAACAGCCCCUGCACCUCCAGGUCCAGGCUCGGCUGCAGCAGGUGGGGCCCACGAAAGCGAAAAUGGAAAAGCGAGAUCCCGUGGAACCGGGACCGGGGAAGGAAUCCGAGCGGGCUGCAAAAGAUCCCAUUGUGGCACCCCCCAUAACAGUAACUCCCAGAUGGUCCCGGAUUAGACUACACCAGGUCAGGACGGAGCCACAAGAAGGGAUGUCCCAGCGACGGCAGGUGCUGCAGGCGCGACAGACCUCUCCUGAAAUUGUGUCAGCUCCAGACCCUGCCUUGGGAAACCCUCAGCUGCCGGAGCUCGAGCCGGAGGAUGACAUUGAGGUCUAUCUGGCUUCCUUCGAGCGAGUGGCUGAAGCCUGCCACUGGCCCAGAAGAGAGUGGGUGACCCGACUCCUGCCAUCCCUCACUGGAAAAGCCCAACAGGCCAUUAGCAGCCUGGAUGCCCGAGAGGCCCGAGACUACGGGAAGGUGAAGGCAGCCAUCCUGCGAGGCUGCAACAUCAGCACAGAGAUGCAGCGCCUUCACUUCAGGCAGUUCCGCUACCAGGAGGCCAAAGGGCCCCGAGAGGUCUGCAGCCGCCUGCGGGAACUCUCCCAUCGAUGGCUGAAGCCGGAGAUCCGCACCAAGGAGCAGAUCAUGGAGCUGCUGAUCCUGGAGCAGUUCCUGACCAUCCUGCCUGAGGAAAUCCAGAGCUGGGUCUGGGUACGUCACCCGGAAACUUGCGCCCAGGCUGUGUCCCUGGCAGAGGAUUUCCAGCUGGGACAGCGAGAGGCUGGAGUGUGGGAGCAACAGGUCACAGUGCGUGUGAAGGUCGAGGAAGUGACCCCAGAGGAGGUGGAGACCCCUGAAGCAUUAUGGGAAUCUCAGAGUUCCCAGCUGGAGCCACCACAGCCCAAUACCACGUGGGGAUCCCAGGAGGAGGUAGGACGGAGCAAGUACAAGUUGCCACGUGCCCCUGAAGAGGAGACGGAAGCUCUACAGGAAACUGCAGGUGCCAGGAUCCUGAGCAGAGCGGAGGAGCGGCCCAAUUUGGGAGAGCAAGAAAACUUGGAUCUGGCCCGAACAUCGCAAGGCGGAUCAGGAGAGAGUGUCGCCCGCAGACUUGAGCAGGAAGAAGCCUGCAAGAGGCAGAAGAGAAACUCAGCUGGGAAUGAGCGAAUUCCGCCAAGGGUGUUCCCACAGCUCCCUACUCAAGGGACACCUGGGGCCGUAAGAGACCUUAAAAGCCAGGAGAGCAGCGUUCACAUGAUGGAGAAACCCCACAGAUGUCGAGAUUGUGGGGAAAGGUUCUGGGAGAAGCAGGAACUCAUGGCCCAUGGGAGAGUCCAUGAGAAGGACAGACCCUAUCCCUGUCCUGAAUGUGGGAAGAGCUUCAACAGACUGACCCAUCUCCGAACCCACCAGAGAACCCACACGGGAGUGAAACCUUACUCCUGUGGGGAGUGUGGGAAAAGCUUCGGCCACCUCUCCACACUGACCACGCACCAGAGACUGCACACAGGGGAGAGACCCUACUCCUGUGCUGAGUGCGGGAAAACCUUCACCAACCCCUCGGACCUCAACAAGCACCAGCGCUCCCACACAGGCGAGCGGCCCUACCCCUGCGCCGAGUGCGGAAAGCGCUUCAGCCAGCAAUCCAAUCUGACAAUGCACCAAAGAAGCCACACCGAGGACAGACCAUACCCCUGCACUGAGUGCGGGAAGAGCUUCAAGUACCUUGCUGAUCUCACUGUGCAUGAGCGCUCCCACACGGGCGAGAGGCCCUUCCCCUGCCCUGAGUGCGGGAAAAGCUUCAGUAACAAAUCCUCUCUGGCUCGUCACCAGAGAAUCCACGCUAGAGCCGCAGCCAGAAACAACACUUACCUCAGCUGGGAUAAGGCUGUUUUCACAAGACACAAAAUGGCUGCAAAGCACAGUGGUCGGAAGCCCCUGGGGCUGCAGAUCCAGGGUCCACUACAACAAAUGGUGCUAACGCAUGUCAAAGUGGAAACAGAAAAUCCAGCAGGGCCCAAACCAGGGAAGGAAUUGGAGAGAGAAGGGAAAGACGCUGCUGUGAUGCCACCCAUCUCAGCAUGUCCCCCAUUGUCCCGGACAGGACGACAAAAAUCCAGCUCUGAGCAACAGGAGAAGAUCCCCCAGCAUUGGGAAAAUCAAAAUCAGGACAUGCUGCGAGCCCCAUGGACCUCUUCUGAGGCUGUACCGGCAUCAGCCCGGGCCUGGGGAAACCCAGAACUGCCUGAGCUCACACCAGAGGAUGACAUUGAGGUCUAUCUAGCUUCCUUCGAGCGAGUGGCUGAAGCCUGCCACUGGCCCAGAAGAGAGUGGGUGACUCGACUCCUGCCAUCUCUCACUGGAAAAGCCCAACAGGCCAUUAGCAGCCUGAAUGCCAGAGACGCCCAAGACUACGGGAAGGUGAAGACAGCCAUCCUGCGAGGCUGCAACAUCAGCACGGAGAUGCAGCGCCUUCACUUCAGGCAGUUCCGCUACCAGGAGGCCAAAGGGCCCCAGGAGGUCUGCAGCCGCCUGCGGGAACUCUCCCAUCGAUGGCUGAAGCCGGAGAUCCGCACCAAGGAGCAGAUCAUGGAGCUGCUGAUCCUGGAGCAGUUCCUGACCAUCCUGCCUGAGGAAAUCCAGAGCUGGAUCUGGGUACGUCACCCGGAAACUUGCGCCCAGGCUGUUUCCCUGGCAGAGGAUUUCCAGCUGGGACAGCGAGAGGCUGGAGUGUGGGAGCAGCAGGUCACAGUGCACGUAAAGGUUGAGGAAAUGGAGACACCUGAAGCAUUAUGGGAAUCUCAGAACUCCCAGCUGGAGCAACUGCAGCCCAGUCACAAGUGCGUCUCCCCAGAGGAGGUUGGACAAGACAAGUCCAAGUUGCCUUGUGCCGAGGAGAAUCAAACACUACAGGAAACUGGUGCUGGGAUCCUGAGCAGAACUGAGGAGCAGCCUUGUGACGAAGGCCCUGAAAACGUGCUGCUGCCCAGCGUACCAGAAAGGGGAUCAGGGGAGAGUGUUACCCACAAAUGUGAGCAGGGAGAAGCCUGCAAGAGGCAGAAGAGGAGCCCAGCACUUGAGACAGAUCCCCCAGGGGAAUGUGAGAGCAGAUUUAGGAGACUAACCCAGCUCCCUGCACCGGGGAGACCACGGACCACAGGAGACUAUCACUGUCAAAGCAAUUUUCUCAGGACAGAGAAACCCCACAGAGGUAGAGACUGUGGGGAAAGGUUCGGGGACAAGCAGAAGCUUACAGAGCAUGGAAAAGUCCACAGGAGUGAGAGGCCCCAUCCUUGUGCUGACUGUGGGAAGAGCUUCAACCGCCUAGCUCAUCUCAAGACACACCAGAGAACCCACACAGGAGAGAAACCCUAUUUCUGUGCAGAGUGUGGGAAACGCUUCGGCCACCUCUCCACACUGACCACUCACCAGAGACUGCACACAGGGGAGAGACCUUACUCCUGUGCUGAGUGCGGGAAAACCUUCACUCACCCCUCAGACUUGAAUAAGCACCAGCGCUCCCACACAGGUGAGCGACCCUACCCCUGCGCUGAGUGCGGGAAGCGCUUCAGCCAGCUCUCCAACCUGACUAAACACCAAAGAAGCCACACUGAGGAGCGGCCUUACCCAUGCACUGAGUGUGGGAAGAGCUUCAAAUACCUCGCUGAUCUCACUGUGCACGAGCGCUCUCACACGGGCGAGCGGCCCUUCCCAUGCCCUGAGUGCGGGAAGAGCUUCAGUAACAAAUCCUCUCUGGCCCGUCACCAGAGAAUCCACGCCAGAGCCGCAGCCAGAAACAAGUGAGACCAUGUUUAGACUAUAGACUAAGCAAGAGCUCCCCUCCCGUUAGCCUGUAUAUGUGAUUGGAGCAGAACAUGAGCCACUACUACACAGCCUGAGGGAAGUCAGCCCUCCACCCUCCCUUAUGCCAUCAUCACCCCCUCACAUCCUACAGGAGAAUGAGGGAGGCUUAAGUGGAGUCCCAGUGCCUGAAACCUCCAGAAGAUAUUCUGUUCUUACCUGCUUUUACUAAUAGCACCUAGCUCUUGUAUAUCUCUCUCCAUAUGUUGAAGUGCUGCAGAAAGGCGGUAAGGUGAUAGGAGAGCCCUGGUUUCCUUUCUGCUGCUCUGGGGCAGGUGUGUAUUUGUAGUAUCCAUAAGCAAAGCAGGCCAGCCAGAGGAGAAAGGAUUUUUGUUUUCCAAGGCCCCAACAUCUGAGAUCUAUCAACUCCACAGGAGAAAUGGUCCUGCUUCCCAACAGCACUCUGCUAGCAGCACCUCUCACUGCCUGGCCCCUGCAAUGCCUGAUUUGUAACUCAGGCCUGGUCUACACUAUGCGUUUAAACUGAAUUUAGCAGCAUUAAACCGAUUUAACCCUGCACCCAUCCACACAAUGAGGCCCUUUAUAUCGAUAUAAAGGGCUCUUUA